UUCAUUUUCAUUUUUUUAACAGAAGGAAAGAAGAAGAAGCAUCUACCAUCUGGAAGGUGAAUCGAAUCCUUCCCAACAAUCUCGUAGAGAUGGCCGCUACUUACGCUGCACUAACUUCUGUGUUGGGAACCAUAGACAAGCUUUUACGGUCCAACUUAUUAGUAGGCCUAGAAGAGAUUCAUAAGCAACAAUUGGAGUCACUCGACAAGAUGUUUGGCACUCUGCAAAAGUCUCUAAUUGGCAAAUGUGAUGGCGGAGAACCAAUUAUUACCAAGGAUUUGCAAAGAAGAAUCAAAGAUGUUGCACUUGAUGCAGAAGAUGAAGUUGAAUCACUAAUGAAACAACUUAUUAUUGAGCCGGAUGAUGAUGAACAGGUCCUUGAAUGUUGUCGUACAAAUCUUGAUAAGGUCUCUCAACAGGCUAUACAAGUAACUGAUUCUGUCAACGAAGAGCUGAGCAUCAAGCAGAAGAUGAAUUGUCCAGAAGCUGAAAGUAGCGCUUCUCCACGAUUAGAUGCUUCAAUCCGUGAGAACAUAUCACUAAUAAUGGAAGGGUACAAUAAAGAAAGAGAAAGGAUGGUUCCAAGACUUACCAGAGGCUCCGGAUCAAAUAAACUGGAAGUGGUCUCUGUUGUGGGGAUGCCGGGCAUAGCUGAGCGCGUACAACAAGGUUUGAAGGGAGAAAAGUAUUUGAUUGUUGUGGAUGACAUAUGGAGCAAAGAUGCUUGGGAUAGAAUUUCACAUUGGUUUCCAGAUUGUGGUAACAAAAGUCGAAUUUUGUUGACUUCUCGAGACAGGGAGGUUGGUGAGUAUGCUGCUAGCAAUCCUAAAGAGAGUUUGGUGAUGCGUCCUCUGACGCAAGAUGAAAGUCGGAAUCUGUUUUACCGUAGGGCAUUUGGCAAAAAUUACACUAUCCGAGGGUCAGAUGAUGAAUUCGAGAAGGUUGGAGAGGAAGUUGUAACAAAUUGCAAAGGAUUACCGCUAAUGAUUACUGCAGUUGCUGGUAUACUCUCUAGCAAGAGUAAACUGGAUGAGUGGAUGGAAGUAGCUCAAAGUGUAAGCUCAUUAGUAAAUGAUGAUGAUUACAAACAAUGCUUAAAAGUUGUUGCUUUGAGCUACAAUAAUCUUCCUUCUCUUAUAAAAGCUUGCUUUUUGCAUUUCGGACUUUUCCCAAAAGCCCAUGUCAUUUCUGUGAAGAAGUUAAUUAGAUUAUGGAUUGCAGAAGGACUCGUAAAUCUAAAGGGGGUUGAGGAAUUCGAACAAGUAGCUGCUCGUGUUUUACAUGAUCUUAUCGGGAAAAGUCUUGUUAUUGUUGAAAAGCGAAGUUUGGAUGGGCAAAUUAAGACAUGUAGGAUUCAUGAUCUUUUUCAUGAUUUGUGCUUGAAGGAAGCUGAAAGCGAGAAUCUUUUGUAUGUUCUUGGUUCAGACCUUACCACUCAUUUAGACAGAAACUUCCGUAAAGGUCCCAGGUGGAUGUCAAUUCAAUCAGACCCUUAUCUUUGUUACUCCAGUUGGCAGACUUAUGCUCCUAUUAAAAUACGCUCUCUUUACAUAUAUUAUAGAAAUUUUAACAAAUUUCUUUUUCAUUUCAAACCACUAAGGGUAUUGGACGUGGAGGACAGUUUGAUCACAAGUAAAAUUACUGGAGAGCUUGUUUGUUUAAAGUAUUUGGCUGUGUGGACUAGUGCGACAUGUGUGGAACUACCAAUUUCCAAUCUUUGGAAUCUACAGACUCUCAUUUUUAGUAAAGGUUCACUCAUAUGUUUUCCACAUAUUGUUGUAGCUUUGCCAAAAGAUAUUUGGCAAAUGUCACAAUUAAGGCAUCUUUAUGCAGUAGGCAUUUCUCUAUCUUCUCCUGGAGAUAAGGUUCUCGGAAACUUACAGAGUGUUUCUGGUUUGAGUCCUUCUUGUUGUACAAAGGAAAUAUUUGAAGGGAUUAAGAAAGUGAAAAAAUUGGCCAUUCGCGGAAGGAUGGAGGAAUAUCCUACUGAUCUUAAAUGGAUAGAUAAUCUUAAAUAUUUACAAGAUCUCGAGUCACUAAGUAUUGCAGAUAAGGAAAUGGCGUAUUGUAUGUAUAAAAGGGUGUUUUUUAGUCUUACAAAUAAAACCAGGGUGUUUAGUCUUACAAGUCCAGAUUCUUUUCCACAAAAACUCAAGAAGUUGAAACUUAGCUACACAACUCUACCGUGGGAAUACAUGUCCAUUAUCAGCAAGUUGCCCGAACUUGAGGUGCUCCAACUGAAGAAGUAUGCCUUCCAUGGCCGCGAGUGGAAAACAACAGACCAGAUUGGGUUCCUGAAGUUGAGGUUCUUGCUCCUUGAUAAUCUCUUCCUUGAAAAAUGGGAAACCACCACAGGCUCUCAUGAUCAUUUCCCCAGCCUUGAGCGCGUAAUUAUCACACAUUGCAUAUUCUUAAAAGAGAUUCCUCAAGCAUUUGUUGAUAGCAAGAAACUGGAGCUGAUUGAGUUACACAAAUGUGAACCUUCCUUGGUGGCUUUUGCUGAGAAGAUCCAGGAAAAACACGAGGAUUUGGGGAGGAACAAACUUAAAGUUACUGCCUUCGAUUCAGUUGUCAUGUUCUCUUCACUGUCAUUUUUUCCUUUUCAUUACUAUGAUUUGCUACACUUGAUGAGCCGACGUUUGUUCAGAAACAACCUCUCUACUUCCACAAGUGUCGUUGGAGGAAUGGUUGAGUUUUCUCUAGAAGAAACAGGGGAUUUUCAGCUGAUCAAUCACAUAAGGAGUUGUCUUCCCUCCUUGUACCGUAUUGUGGUGUUUGCUUAA